AUGUUUCCCAGUGUGAAGGACCGAGCGCGGCAGCUGUUUGGAGAGGCUGCCAUACCUGAUGCCGCUCCUCCCCCUCCGGUUGCGACAGGAAGGAGAGGCGCGCCACUAAAGGCGACUGCAGCCCCCAAGGCGACCCCAGAACCCAAGACGCCCGCGAAAACCUCCAGAGCCGACGCAAGAUCAAAGAAAGAUGCCACACCGGUGGUCGAAGAAACACCGAAAGCCAUAGGCGCAUGGCCAAGCCCUUUCGAUUCGUUCAAGGCAAGGACAUCGCCAACAGCGAACACCACGCCACCAACGCCAUCGAAAUCGAAAUUGUCGUCGUCCAAGACAGCUACUACAUCGAAAUCAGCUGCGCCUUCAAAGUCAGAAAAGCCUUCAAAGACCGAAAAGUCGGAGAAGUCGUCAAAAUCUGAGAAGGCUGAGAAGUCGUCCAAGUCUGAGAAAGCUGAGAAGUCUGUCAAGACUGAAAAGUCAUCCAAGUCUGAGAAGAAAUCAAGUUCGCGACCCAAGACUCCUCCGACUCCCAAACCUUCUGGGUCUUUCUUUGGUGGCGCAGCUACUAAGACCUCUACGCCUGUAAAAAAGAAGACCGAAUCAAAACCUGCGCUCGAACCUAAGAAACCCUCGCGUCCUAAGCUCGACACCCGUACCUCCCGUCCAAAGAUGGAGCGAAGCUCUUCAUCUUCUUCCCUCGAAGAGGACGACGAACACAGUGAUCUACGCGCUGCCUGUCUUCGCGAAGUAUCUAACGUCACCGGUCUCAAGGGCAAGAGCCUGGCGAUAUCGUUGCGACAGCGGUCCUCCGGCGGCUGGUACGCGGCGCUGAAAGACGUCGGUUCAGACAAAUACCUGAAGAUGUGGAUGAAUCGCGACAAGACGUUCAAGACACAAGAUGAGGCGUUGGAGGCCUAUCUGGUGUUUGUUAAGAAGAUGAACACAGACAUGAAGCUUUUUGGGCCAAUGAGCCCAAAGACUGGGAAGACCAAGGGUUUCUUCUAA